AUGCUGUCUCACGCCGACCUCCUGGACGCCCGUCUCGGGAUGAAAGACGCGGCCGAGCUGCUGGGACACCGGGAGGCGGUCAAGUGUCGGCUGGGCGUCGGCGGCUCGGAUCCGGGGGGACACCCGGGAGACAUGGCUCCCAACUCGGACACGGUAGAAGGGACCACCCUGCUGCCGGGAGAGGACAUCACCACGGUGGGAUCCAACCCCAGCUCCCUAGCCGUCAGCGCCAAAGACCCUGACAAGCAGCAAGGCCAGCAGGGCGGCCAGAACUCCAGCCAGGCUGGGCAGCAGCAGGGUCAGCAGAAGCAGAAGCGGCACCGCACUCGCUUCACGCCGGCGCAGCUCAACGAGCUGGAGAGGAGCUUCGCCAAGACUCACUACCCGGACAUCUUCAUGAGGGAGGAGCUGGCCCUGCGCAUCGGUCUCACCGAGUCCCGGGUGCAGGUCUGGUUCCAGAACCGCCGCGCCAAGUGGAAGAAGCGCAAGAAGACCACGAACGUGUUCCGCGCCCCGGGCACGCUGCUGCCGACGCCGGGGCUGCCGCAGUUCCCCUCGGCCGCCGCCGCCGCCGCCGCCGCCAUGGGGGACAGCCUGUGCUCCUUCCACGCCAACGACACGCGCUGGGCCGCCGCCGCCAUGCCCGGCGUGUCGCAGCUGCCGCUGCCGCCGGCGCUGGGACGGCAGCAAGCCAUGGCGCAGUCCCUGUCCCAGUGCAGCCUGGCGGCCGGCCCGCCGCCCAACUCCAUGGGCCUCUCCAACAGCCUGGCGGGCUCCAACGGCGCCGGGCUGCAGUCCCACCUCUACCAGCCCGCCUUCCCCGGCAUGGUGCCCGCCUCCCUGCCCGGCCCCAGCAACGUGACCGGCUCUCCCCAGCUCUGCAGCUCCCCGGACAGCAGCGACGUGUGGCGGGGAACCAGCAUCGCCUCCCUCCGCCGCAAAGCACUAGAGCACACAGUCUCCAUGAGUUUCACCUAA